AUCCUCAAAGAUGGGGACAUCACUUUUGUUCCAGAACUUCCCGCUGACAAAAACAGAGCCAUAAACACGAUCCAGAUGCUUGGAGCGUGGAAAAUUAUUUGUCAAUUCAAACGCCGCUUUUGGCCCGAGAAACUUCAUCAAAUUUACAGUGUACGGGGAUUUACAAGUGAAAUAUGGAUGUGGUCGCGUGACUCGGCUGUUAAUGACAACAAGUGUCACGUGGUUGUUGGGUUUGAAACUGCUGAGUCUGCGGAACGGAAAAGUAGCCUCAGCGGUCAACAGGUCUUGGAGGGAUUCUUGAGCUAUUUGGAUGAGAUGUUCGGGUAAGAAAAUUUUGAUAUUCGUAAGUACUUAGGCCGAAGUCAUUUCGUGGCAAAAGGGAACAAAAAGUCAGUAUUCACGAAAAAGAACGGUCUCGUAUCAUCCCUGCAUUAGGUAUGUUAUACGCUUUCUAAACCAUUACAUUAUUGCAUCGUGCAACCCAGUGUACGCCUAUUAUAGGCGUCUAGUGCAGAGAGCUCAACGUUCUCUCAUUUUUUCACCGCACAAGUUAUGAUUCGACAUUCCUGAUCCUAUGCAGGACGCGUGACACAUAUAAACCUCCGAAACGGCCUAGCUUCUAAUGAGUCUCCCCGUAGCUAAGUGUGCGCGUUCGGUAUUUGGGACCCGGGGGGAUUUAGUGAUGUGAUUGGUCCAGAUUGCAUCCCCGUUGGGGGUUCAAACGUUUUGUCCCACUCACAUGACGAAUAUGACGUUUUCCUCAAAACCAAGUCUCGUCUUGUUAACCGGAAUCUCUGGGGACUAUCUUACCAAUAUGUCUUAUCUUAUUUGUUUUAUUAUCAUCAUCAUUAUUAUUAUUAUUAUUGUUAUUAUUUAAUUAUUUAUUUAUUUUUCACAGCACACCCAGCGAUCCUCGUCCUGCGACCGAUUCCUUCCUGGACUACGAGUAUUUUCAUUGGUCAAACCAUCCCUUCAUUCGCGGUGGAUACACAUCCCCUACUGCCCAUGCGUACGAUCUUCGUCACCUGCUUGCUAGGCCUGUUGAAGAUCGCUUGUUUUUUGCGGGUGAAGCUACAAGUCUUCGAUCCUGUUCAACUGUGCCAACUGCGAUAGAAACCGGAAUCUGCGUGGCAGAUCAAGUUUGU